AGGCCGUGCCCUGCCCUCCACUGCCGUUUUAGCGUUGUUCUGUUACGUUAGAGCUUCGGAAGAUCAUCUUCUGGAGCGAGACUUUUCAAAUUCCGGAUCAGAAGAGCUCAGAAGAAGAAGCUCCGUCGAGAAUGCGUUAUAAAAAGGUUGUGGCCGCCCAGUUAUGAGUGAUGGAGCCCCAUCAAACCUGCCACAAUGAAGCUGUCUCAGACCUUUUCGUCUCUUCUCGGUGCCAUUGUCAUCGGCGCGGCCAGCACCGUCGCUGCCGACACCACGGUGAGCUUCGACGGAAGGACGUUUGUCAACCACGGCCUCGUCGGUUUCGGCCGCAUCAAUGCGAGCGCGGUCGAUUCCUACGGCGAGACGCUGGGCGGGCUGGGCUCCGCGAUUGCCCUCGAGUCUGUCCAGAGCCAGGGCUCGUCAUACACCGGCAAGAUCCGCCUCAACCCGGACCGUGGCCACAACACGCAGACGACGACCGACUACCGUGCUCGAUCGCAGACGUUCACCUUCACGUUUGACCCGACCAAGGGAAGCGCCACGGUGGAGAACAUUGCCUUCAAGUACGAGUCGACGCAGCUCUACCGGUACGCCGUCGCUGGUCUCAACUACACGACUGGCCUGGACCCCACGGCGGUCAAGAAUGCCACCUUUGCCACGCCCCCGCUCCCCGUGGCUCCCUCGGACAACCACGUCUCGUUUGACUCUGAGGGCUUUGCCUUCUCGGCCGAUGGACAUCUCCAGUUCGUCUCGGACGAGUACGGCCCCUACAUCCACAUCCUCGAGCGCCAGACUGGCAUCGUCCUUACCUCGAUUCGGCCGCCGGACGCCAUCGUGCCCAAGGAUGCCAAGGGCAACGACAACUUCACGGCCGAGGUCAACCCGACCACGGGCCGCACCGCCAACCAGGGCUUUGAAGGGCUGACGCUCGACAGGAAGACCAACACGCUCUGGGCCCUGCUCCAGUCAGCCACUAUCCAGGACGGUGGUUCGGACAAGACGACGAACCGGUACAGCCGGCUGCUGGCCUUUGACGUCUCCAAGGUGCCCGCCUCUGCGCCCCUCGUGCACGAGUACGUGGUGCCGCUCCCGCAGUCCAAGAAGCUCAAGACGCGCGCCUCGUCGGAGCUGCACAUUGUCGACUCGACCACCUUCCUCGUCCUGGCCCGCGACGGCAACGGCUUCGGCGACACGGACCCGGGCGCGAGCUACAAGCACGCGGACCUCAUCUCGACAAAGAACGCCACCGACAUCCACGGCACAAAGUACGAUGCGCCGGCCAACCCCAUCAGCCCCGGUGGCACGCUCGACGCCUCCAUCACGCCCACGCCCUAUGCUUCCUUUGUCGACCUCGUCGACCCGGCGCAGAUUGGCAAGUUUGGCCUGCAGACGGGCGGCGCCUUUGACCAGACGCUCAUUGCGUCCAAGCUCGAGUCGCUCGCCGUCGCGCCCUCCUCGUCUGCCGACAACUUCCUCCUCUUUGUCGUGUCGGACAAUGACUUUAUCACAAAGAACGGCCACCAGGCGGCACAGGACCCAAAGACGGGCAAGUACGUCCUCCAGGACUACUCGGACCCCUACGCCGUCACAAACGGAGACGCAGCGACGCAAGUCUUUAUCUACAACGUCACCCUGCCCGGAUACUCGCAGGGCUCGGCCUCCUUCCCCAACUAGGUUGUCUCCUCCAGCCGCGCAGGAGACUACUGUAGCUCCAUGCCGCUUGCCCCUCUUCUCUUUCAUACAAUGAAAGCCACUGUUGAUUAAUUUGCCAGAGG